AUGGAGAAAACAAAAUCAUCCCUUCAUUCUCCCACUAAUGGAGGUCUCACUACUAUUCUUAGUAUUGAUGGAGGUGGAAUAAGAGGGAUCAUCGAAGGAGUUUCACUCGAGUUCCUAGAGUUUGAGCUUCAGAGGCUUGAUGGUAAGCAUGUAAGGCUCGUAGAUUAUUUUGAUUGGGUUGCAGGGACGAGCACAGGUGGCCUUGUGACGCUCAUGCUUGCUACCCCAGAUGAAAAUAACCGUCCCUUGUUUGCAGCAAAAGAUAUCCUCCCUUUUUAUCUCAAACAUUGCCCUAAAAUCUUCCACCAACCUAGAUCUCUCAUCGGCAAAAUCAAACAUUGUUUGAAAGGUUUAGUAAGACCCAAAUAUAAUGGGAAGUAUUUCCACAAAUUGGUGAAGGAAAAACUAGGCGAUAAGCAUUUGCACGACACAUUGACUAAUGUUGUAAUCCCAACGGUUGAUAUAAAACCGCCACGUCCAGUUAUUUUCUCCAGCUCUGAGUUGAAAAGGCACCCAAGCCUAGAUGCUUUGCUGUCGGAUAUAUGCAUUGGAACUUCAGCAGCCCCACCCUACCUUCCGGCCCAUCAAUUUAGUUCCACAACUUCAACAAGCAAGUCAAGAGAAUUCAAUCUCAUUGAUGGUGGAGUUGCUGCCAAUAACCCGGCUUCAAUUGCUAUAAGGGAAGCGGAAAAAGAAAUCCUCAAGAAGAACCCUGGGUGUGGAAAUGAAGAGUUGCAUAAGCGGAUUUUACUAAUAUCACUGGGGACUGGUAUAGCAAAUGAUGAGGAGGAGUACGACGCCAAAGAAGUAGCUCGUUGGGGUGCUUUCCAGUGGCUCAUCGGACCCCAUUGGUCGUCUCCAGUGGUGCAUAUGUGUCUCAAAGUAACUGGUGGCAUUCUUGAUUACCACGCUCAAUGCGUUUUAGAAGAUGUUCAGUCUCAUGGCCAUUACCUCCGAAUUCAGGACGAUACGCUAAACGGAAGAUUGGCUUCUGUGGAUAUUGCCACACAAAAAAACUUGAAUGAUCUUGUGAAAGUUGGAGAGGCAUUGUUGAAGAAACCGGUUUCCAGACUGGAUUCUGAUACCAGUGAAACCGAGUAUCUUCCUCUUGAGACAAAUGCAGAGGCUCUCGUGAGGAUGGCGAAAAUUCUCUCUGAGGAGAGGGCUCGGAGGAUUCAGGAAGGACAUCAUCCUCGGAGAAUUCAGGAAGGACAUCAUCACAAAAAUAAUAGCGUUGGUGGUCUCUUAGAUGCAAUCCAACGGCCGAAAUUAAAAAGUACGUAA